AUUCAAUUAUCCUAAAGUAUGUCAUAUGCCGAUUUGAAACCAGUCAAAUUCGAUUUCGACAUUCAAUAUCAACCAUCCAGCCAGCAUCCUCCGUACUAUAAUUCGUUUGGAAUUGCCGAGCCGGAUCCCCGUCAUAAUUUGUACGCACCAACAGCACCACCACAUCAUCAUCAUCACCACCAUCAGCACCAGCCACAACAACAUUUACAUUAUAUGAUUGAUAGUCAAGACUCAGAUAGUCAGGAUUCUGUGGACUCUUUCCGUACACCUGCACCGAUCUCGUCUGCAACAAGGUUUUCUACUCACACUCCUCGAGCUUCCAGAGCGUCGAGUAACGAUUCUGAGAGCGGAGAGCUUAGCGAAGAAGUUAUGAAUCAUUGGUUGCCAAUGACUUGGUGUGAACGAUCGUCGGAUGAUCCACAAGUUUUCACAUUCGUCUGCCUAUGGGGUCAAUGUGUGUCUAGCUCGUCGAGCAAGGACGAGUUCGUUGAUCAUUUAUUCGGCCACGUGUCAGUAAUCGAGGAAGGAGUUCAAAAUGGGAACCAUAUGAAUACUGUUCAGUGCAAAGUUCGCGGGUGCAACAAGCAUCUCGAUUCGAUAUUCCAACUCCACCGACACGUCUCAAUGCACGUAUUCCAAGCAGAUUGUCAGCAAAAAGGAUCAGAAGCACUGAUUGAAAAGGAAGAUUAUAUUGGAAUAGAGAGUUGUGGUUUUGAGCCAUGUACAAAUAUUAAUUAUGAAGGAAUGCUGCUGAAUUGUCAAUGGGAGGAUUGUGGAAUGCCGUUUAACUCAUUAACCGAACUGUUUGAUCAUGUCGGACAUCACAUUGAUGGUGUUGGCGAUGUUGAUAGAAUUCAACAGAAUUUUUCGAAUGGCGACAAAAAAGUGGUGUUCCCGUGUAAAUGGACCGCCUGCACACAAGUUGCCGAUUCAAAAGCCAAUCUCCGACGUCACGCUCGUCACCACAGCGGUGAGAAGGUGCUCGCGUGCCCAUUCUGUGCUCGAUUCUUCUCCCGACGCGACAAGCUCUACGAUCAUUGUCUCCGACGAACAAUUCUGAUGAAGAACCCGGAAAUGGAAGAUCCGUAUCUAUGCAAACUGUGUCAAAAGCGAUUUGGAACUGAAAAAGCGUUAUGUAUGCAUGUUACACGGCAUUUAGUCAGUCUUACGUGCCCACUAUGCUCACUUGGAUUGGGUUGCCGAGCAGAACUUCAUAGGCAUUUAAUGACAAAGCAUUCAAGACGAUCCAAAGAUUUCAAAUGUGAUACUUGCAGCAAAUUGUUCUUCACAGAGAGUGAGCUCAACCGUCACGCUGUGUACCAUUCUGACGUCAUGUACAGUUGCAAGCAUUGUCCGGAGAAGUUUAAGUGGAAGAAACAGCUCAUGAAGCAUAUGAAAGAACAUGAUGAGAAUUUCAAUCCAUCCCCAUAUACAUGCCAUUUGUGUGACCGAACAUAUACUACUGGAUUUGCAUUGGGACGCCAUUUAACCCGUCAACAUCGUCUCCAGAUACCCUAUGGAUUCAGUCGUUUUACUUACAAAAAGUGUGCCGAUGGACUUAUGCGACUUCAGACGAAAAAGUUGUUUAGAGGAGAGUCUGGAGAGGAUCAAGCCCAUCACCACCAUCAACAUGUUCCAUAUUAAAUGAUUAUUAAAUAUGUUAAAUUGCCCUCACAUAAUUUAUCCACCUUUAUGUUAAGGAAGAAGGGGGAUUUCGCUCAAAAAUACCACAGAAGCAACUAUUUCUGAAUUUCAGCUCACUUUUUUGUGGUUUAAAGCGAAUUCCCCUAUUAUCCACACCUCUCAUUUUAAUUAUUCUCUUUCAGUAAUAUUCUGAUCUCUACCCCUCUCAAUCGCAUGCUUUCUUUUUUUUUCCACCAAUUCUUACCAAAUAAUCGCCUUUUUUGUUCUAUUUAUUAUGCUUCUAUCUAUUCGAUCUCUCGCUCUAUCCAUUCUUUCCUUAUUACUACACCCCUCUCACCAAGUUGUCUUACAAUCAAUCGAUCGAUGCCCCAAUUCACUUUAAACACGUAUGCCACGUGUCUUCUCCCACAAACACAUUUGAUAUAUACUUGUACUGUUUGCAAAAUUUUCAAUGUUCUAAUUUAUAAUUUAAUAAUUAUUUCCUUUUAACUUUGGAUUUUUUUUUUCAAUUAUCUAAUCUGAAAUAAAUA